CACCCACCCCCAUUAGCCACCCAUUACUGACUAUUUAUACGGGCAGCCAAAGCCGGUGUUCUUUCGACGGAGCGAACGCUAUUUCUCCUGAAAGAAUUUCUCUUACAGAUUUGACUUCAGAAUCUUCAUGAAUACUAGAACUACUGUGGUAUCUGCAGUUUCCUGUAAAUCGGGAAACAAGAACGGCUUCUUCUGCUGGAUUUUGUUGUGCUUGCUUUCUAAGUUCUUUAAGACUGCUACGCUGAACGUGCACUCCUUUGAAGCAUUUGGAAAGGCUUGCCUACCAUAAUAUUAAUAUUUGGCCAUCUACAUCCGUCAAAGAGCUGCUGGAAACAUGGUUUCUUCUCAGCUCUUUGCUCCGACAAAAACUAACUUGCAAAAGUCCUUCCACCAGCAAUUGCUCUUACCGCUGAGUGCCCCCGGUGUGGUUUCUGCAGAGCAGGUUGAGCUUGAUUUCUCUGAUGUAUUUGGUCCUCCUCCUUGUCUGGCCUCAAAUGAAACAAGCAAUGGAAUGUCCGAGACUGUGGUGUUUCCAGCAGAUAUGAGUGAGCUUGUCUAUGAUGAUCCAGAGAUUGUACACAGUAGGUCACAUUCUUUGGUUGGUCCUUCUUCAUAUAAAAAUCAAGUACUGAAAAUUGGGAGGCUCACCAUUCAUGAAGCAGAAGAUUCGCUGGAACUGGUAGAGAAUGUUAUCGAACAGACAAUUAAAGAAGACCAGGAGCUAUCCGUUAAUGACUCAGCAAAAGGUGGAACUGUCUGCCUUGAAGAUUUUGAAGUCAUGAAAGUUGUUGGCCAGGGUGCAUUUGGGAAAGUAUUUCAGGUUAAAAAGAAGGGUACAUCAGAUAUUUAUGCAAUGAAGGUGAUGAGGAAGGAUAAGAUUAUGGAGAAGAACCAUGCUGAAUAUAUGAAAGCAGAAAGAGAUAUCUUGACAAAGAUAGAUCACCCAUUUGUUGUCCAGCUUAGGUACUCAUUCCAGACAAAGUAUAGGCUUUACCUUGUGCUCGACUUCAUUAAUGGUGGUCAUCUCUUCUUUCAGCUCUAUAAACAAGGCCUUUUCAGAGAGGACCUGGGACGAAUUUAUGUAGCUGAAAUUGUAUCAGCAGUGUCUCAUCUUCAUGCAAAUGGAAUAAUGCACAGGGAUCUCAAACCAGAAAACAUUCUUGUGGAUGUGGAUGGCCAUGCCAUGUUGACUGAUUUUGGACUUGCCAAGGAAUUCAAGGAAGACACAAGAUCGAACUCCAUGUGUGGAACAGUAGAGUACAUGUCACCAGAGAUUGUUCUUGGGAAGGGCCAUGAUAAGGCUGCAGAUUGGUGGAGUGUAGGAAUUUUGUUGUUUGAGAUGCUCACGGGGAAGCCUCCUUUCACUGGAAAUAGGCAAAAGAUUCAGCAGAAGAUAGUUAAGGACAAACUCAAGAUGCCAGCCUUUUUGUCCAGUGAAGCACAUUCCCUUCUUAAAGGGCUGCUGCAAAAGGACCCAACUAAAAGGCUUGGCAGUGGGAUGAAGGGAAGUGAUGAAAUCAAGGACCAUAAAUGGUUCAGGCCAAUCAAUUGGAAGAAGUUGGAAGCAAGAGAGAUGCGGCCAAGUUUCCGUCCUGAAAUUGCUGGAACACACUGCAUUGCAAAUUUUGACAAGUGCUGGACAGAUAUGUCAUUGGUUGAUUCUCCAAUUUCGAGUCCAAAGGAUAAUUCGGACCCUUUUCAGGGUUAUACUUUCGUGAGGCCUGCUGCUUCCUUUCUUCUGAGAAGCAGUCCCUUGUGCUAGGAUGGUUUUGAUGAGAUAGCACUUUAUGUUGUUUCAUUUUCUUCUCUAGGAUGUAGUAGCUACCUUAGUUCAUUAGUUGGGUGAAAGAGAAACCCAUCCUUAUAUUA